AACCCAUAAGUGAAAUUGGCAAAUGAAGAAGAGAGAAAUCAUUCAUUUUGCGGUUCGUGUUUGUCUGGUUUUCAACCGUGCACCGAGCUUCAGCAAAAUUUAUUCAUUCAACGCGACGUAGUGUAAAACGUUUUUUAAUGAUGUUACUAUGUGUAUAAAUAACUUGUCAUGCUUUUUAAAUUCCGGAGUAUACUCGCUUAUUACCCUAUAAUCUCAUUUCAAUGAAAAAUAGCAUGAUUUCUACAUGAAUUCGAGAAGUUAAAUGUAUUAUUUGAACUGUGAUGAAAUUUAAAACUUUUUACUUAUUCGCACUUGUUUUCAAAGAUGGUGUUUGUAAUAAUAUUUAUACUAUUUGUUGCUUCUCUUGGACGGUCUUUGGGACUGCACGAUAACUAUGCAAAAUUUCUUCUAAAGCUCUUUGAGUUUUGUCAGAAAAAAAUUGAAAAAGCUGAAAAACGAGAAUCUAUUGCCAAUAAAGAUGAUAAAGAAAAGUUAGAAACGUGUAAUAACUGUAACUCAGUUAUUAGCAGAGAAGUUAAACUAGUGCCAGAGCCACACCCAGAGGGCUGCCUUUUGCCAUCAGAUAUAUCUGCAGCUCCUAAGGAAUUUCAUUUGAAAGAUAUCAGUGAUUUUAUUAAAGCUGGAGUAGAGGCAGUUAUUGAAGAUGAAGUUACUAGUCGAUUUGCAGCUGAAGAGCUUCCAGCUUGGAAUCUCCUGACAAGGACAAAUAAAAACUAUCAGUUUAUUAGUCUUCGGUUGACCUGCAUAUGGGGGAUCGGCUUUUUCCUCCGUUAUUGCAUUUUAUUCCCUCUCAGAUGUCUCAUAACAUUUUUUGGUGUGUGUUGGCUUCUUUUGUGUACGUCCAUUGUUGGUUGUUUACCAGAGGGCAGAUUUAAAAGAUGGCUCUACUGGCAUGUUAGUAUAUCAUGUUUUAGAGUUUUUGCUUGUGCAUGUUCUGCAAUUGUUACUUAUCACAAUAAAGAAAACAGAGCUGUAAAUGGAGGGAUUUGUGUCGCUAAUCAUACCUCUCCUAUAGAUGUAGUAAUACUAGCCAAUGAUAACAGUUAUGCACUAGUUGGCCAGAGCCAUGGAGGAUUUUUAGGUGUUUUGCAAAGAGGUCUUUCAAGGGCUACUUCCCACAUAUGGUUUGAGCGUAGCGAAAUAAAAGACAGAGAACUUGUAGCAAGAAGGUUACGAGGUCAUGUUGAAGAUGAUACAAAACUGCCUAUUUUGGUGUUCCCAGAAGGUACUUGCAUCAAUAACACGUCUGUUAUGAUGUUUAAAAAAGGGAGUUUCGAAGUUGGUGGCACAAUAUAUCCUGUAGCUAUUAAGUAUGAUCCCAGAUUUGGUGACCCAUAUUGGAAUAGCAGUAAACAAAGUUACAUGCAGUAUUUGCUCAUGAUGUUAACUAGCUGGGCUGUUGUUUGUGAUGUUUGGUAUCUUCCCCCGAUGUCUCGAAAGAGUGAUGAAAGUGCUGUUGAAUUUGCAAAUCGUGUAAAAGCAGAGAUUGCCAAGAAAGGAGGACUAGUAGAUCUGAUGUGGGAUGGACAGCUAAAAAGAAUGAAAGUAAAACAGGAAUGGAUUCAUGUCCAACAAAGAGAAUACAGCAAAAGAUUGAAGUUAGAGUGAAUUCCCAAACACAGUUUUAAACUACUAGCUAGUCGUUAUUGAAACCACCUGCAUUUCCAUUUGUAUACAGCCAUCUACUGAUAUUUUGUGAAACUCUUUUAUACAUUGCCUUUUAAAUUAUAUGUGCCAGUUUGUUUAUUGUGAUGUGUGUUUAUAAUAGAAUAUUUUAUAUUGGCUGUAUAAUAAAAAUGUUCAUAUAUGUGA